AUGAAGGACGACGCGCCCACGACGGGCGUCAAAAGCGCCUUGCCUGAGGGCAGGGAAGCCGGUUCGAGCAGCGACGAGGCUACUGCGCCGUCGCGGACGCCGCCGCCGGCCAAGGACGACAGCGACGUCGAGAGCGUCGGCGGGCAGAGGAACACGAUGUCGCGAAAGCGCAUGCUGCUGGCGUUCUCCGCUCUGUCGGUCUGCUUGUUCGUCUCGUUCAUCGACCAGACCAGCGUGUCGACGGCGGUGCCGGCGAUAGCGGGCGACCUCGACACCGGGACGGCGACGUCGUGGAUCGGGACGUCGUUUCUCAUCGCGUCUACUGCGUUUCAGCUCAUCAACGGACGGCUGUCGGACAUCUUUGGGAGAAAGAAUUUGCUCAUGAUUUGUUUGGUCUUCAUGGCGGUGGGCGACAUUCUUUGCGGGUUCUCGAAGACGAAGGAGCAGCUGUUUGCGUUCAGGGCGAUUGCGGGUAUUGGUGGAGGUGGCAUUAACAGUAUUGUCAUGAUUAUCGUGAGCGAUAUUACGACGCUGGAGAAUCGGGGAAAGUACCAAGGUGUUCUCGGAGCAGUCUUGGCCCUCGCCAAUGGCGUUGGCCCUUUUGUUGGCGGUGCCGUCGUUCAGGAGUCGACAUGGCGGUGGGUGUUUUGGAUGGUCCCAAUCAUCAGUGCUCCAGCAGCUCUGACGAUACUCUUCUGCUUACCUCUGAAGCAUCAAUCCGGCAACUACGGCGAAAAAGUGAAGAAGAUCGACUACGGCGGCAUCGCGCUCAACAUGGCUUCGGUCUUGCUGCUGCUGAUUCCGCUGUCCGGUGGAGGUGUGACUUACCCAUGGUCGUCGCCCUUCGUCAUCGCUUCUGUCACCAUCGGUGCUGUUCUGGGAGUCCUCUUCGUCCUGUUUGAAUGGAAACUCGCAAAGCUACCGAUCAUGCCUCUCCGGCUAUUCAAGGACUCGAAAUGUAGUUUCCUGUACGGCCAAACAUUCCUCAUGGGCCAGGCGUACUUUGGCAACCUGUUCUACUUCCCGAUCUACUUCCAGUCGAUACUGAAGUACACCCCGCUCGUGGCCGGCGCCCUGAUCCUACCGGUCAUCAUCUCGACCUCGAUUCUUUCGAUCCUCUCGGGCCAGUACAUGCUCCGCAUCGGCCGGUACAUGCCCUGCAUCCUCGUCGGCUUCUUCCUCUGGACAGUCGGCAACGGCUUGACAAUCAUGUUCGACCGCGACACGGGGCUGGGAGAACUCAUCGGCAUCCUCAUCAUCGUAGGCUCGGGCAUCGGCUUGACCCUGCAACCGACACUGGUAGGAAUGUACGCCAACUCACGAAGCGAGGACCGAGCCGUGACCACCGGUUUGCGGAACUUCAUCCGCACCAUAGGCGGCGCUUUCGGCCUCGUCAUCUCGGGCGUCAUCUUGUCGAAUACACUGAGGCGGGACCUGCGCGGUCGCGACUUUGUUUCGGAUGCGAUUAUCGCGGAACUCACAUCGUCGACGUACACGCUCGAUCAGAAGGGGUUCUCGGAGGACGAGAAGACGGUGAUAUUGAAGGCGUACAUGAAAGGGUUGCAUUACAUCUUCAUCUACUACGUGGUUUGCUCGGGCCUCAGCUUGGUGCUGACGCUGGGCGUUGGGAAUACGGGCUUAAAGGCGAAGAAGCCUGCGCCAGCGGCGGAGGCUUUGGAAGAUCAAAACGAGCCGGCGAUCGCUCAGGUGAACGAAAAGGCGGAUGAAAAGAGAACCGGUGCAUGA